CGUAAAUUCAUUUUGGACUUUGCAUCGGGCUUUACUUAUACCAGUGAAUAGUUACAAAAUGAAAAGCAAAAAAAUAAAAUGAAGACGACUAAAAUUUGACUCAAAAUUUGUGAAAAUUGCACGUUUCUAUCAUUUUUUAUUUCCUUCUCUUGCACGUGUUAAAGAUGCAAGCAAACUUAGCUUAUUCAAAUAAAGAUCGAAACAGUUUUACUCUCUCCCUUGUUGAGAACAGGCGCCAUUAACGACCUUGACCCAACGUUUUAUAUUUGUAACGUAGGAGGUUUGGAGUGCAAGAAAAGUUUUUACGCGCUUUUGUGAGAGUUUUUGUUUUCUUCUCUCUCAAUAAAUUAUCUGUGUUUGUGUGAAUCAUUAACAUCCAUUGUAUUCUUUUAAUUGCCUACAGCUGCUCAGCUUUUCUCUAUUCAUCGGGAGUUCUUUCUGUUUAGGUGAUUAAAAGAUUGUUGCUUUCAGGCAGAUUGAGCCUUUUUCAUUCCUUUUCAUUACAAGGAAGAAGGAUAGGCAAGACAAGAAUGAGGGCAGAGGAUAGGUUCGAAUUAACCCAGUUAAUUGCUUCUGGUGUUUGUAAUAAAAGAGAUUAUCCAAUUCCGUUAUUUGAUAAUCAAGAAGAAAAUGAUGUUGAAGUCGAGGAAGAUUUUGAUGUAGAGUUAAAUGACGACGAACCGUUCUUUUUGCGAGGGAAAACCAGUAGAAGUACAGGCGUUGACAUGUCACCCGUCAAAAUCUUUAUAAACCCGGAAGGUUCAUUGACUCGUGCAGCUUUACUUCAAUCUGCGCUGGUUAAAGAACGCAGACAGAUCCGUGAAGAACAAAAAAGAAUUCUUGUUUCAAUGCCUAAAGAUCUUAACCGUUCGUGGGAAGACCCAGUUCCUGAAAUUGGAGCUAGGUGUUUAGCACAUGAAGUUAAGGAUUUUCUUGGUUUGUCUGGCUAUACAAUCCCAGAAUGGAAAAAAGAAGUUUUUGGUAAAGCUUGUUGCUUUGGCAAGAAAUCAAACUCGUCAAUUGAAGAACAGAGAAAAAGCUUGCCAAUUUAUAAGUUGAAGAAAGAAUUAGUUAAAGCUGUGAAUGAUAAUCAGGUGCUUGUAGUGAUUGGUGAGACUGGUUCGGGGAAAACUACACAGAUAACCCAGUAUCUUGCUGAGGCUGGUUAUAUUGCACACGGGAAAAUUGGUUGUACACAGCCUAGAAGAGUAGCUGCAAUUUCUGUUGCUAAAAGGGUAGCUGAAGAAUUUGGUUGCAGGUUAAGAGAGGAGGUAGGGUAUGCUGUUAGGUUUGAUGAUUGUACUGGGCCUAAUACUGUGAUUAAGUAUAUGACUGAGGGAUUUCUUCUUAGGGAAAUUUUGAUUGAUAGUGAUCUGUCUCAGUAUUCUGUUAUAAUGCUUGACGAGGCUCAUGAGAGGACUAUUUACACUGAUGUUCUUUUUGGGUUGCUUAAGAAGCUUUUGAAAAGGAGAUCUGAUCUUAGGUUGAUUGUCACUUCUGCUACACUUGAUGCUGAGAAGUUUUCUGAGUACUUCUUUAAUUGUAAUAUUUUUACUAUUCCUGGCAGAUCUUUUCCUGUGGAGAUACUAUUUACUAAAGAGCCUGAAAGUGAUUAUCUUGAUGCAGCUCUUAUAACAGUCUUGCAGAUCCACUUGACAGAACCUGAAGGAGAUAUUUUGCUUUUCUUAACAGGUCAGGAAGAAAUUGAUUUUGCAUGUGAAACUCUUGAUAAUAGAAGGAAAGAACUUGGUAAUAAUAUUCCUGACUUGAUUAUCUUGCCUAUUUAUAGUGCUCUUCCAGGUGACAUGCAAUCUAGGAUAUUUGAACCAACUCCUGCAGGGAAGAGGAAAGUGGUUGUAGCAACUAAUAUUGCUGAAGCAUCAUUGACUAUAGAUGGAAUUUUCUAUGUCAUUGAUCCUGGAUUUAUGAAACAAAAUGUUUAUAAUCCUAAGUUAGGGGUUGAAUCUUUGCUUAUAACCCCUAUUUCACAAGCAUCUGCCAAGCAACGAGCUGGGCGUGCUGGGCGUAUUGGCCCUGGAAAGUGUUACCGUCUCUAUACUGAGAAUGCAUUUAGGAAUGAGAUGUCUCCUACUGCAACUCCUGAAAUCCAAAGGAUUAACCUUGCAGAGAUUGUGCUGUCCAUGAUGGCUAUGGGAGUCAGAGAUGUAUCCUGUUUUGAUUUUAUGGAUUCACCUUCAUUCCAAACCUUUGUUUCUGCCAUGGAUCAACUAUAUGGUCUAGGGGCAUUGGAUGAGGAAGGGAUUCUAACUAAAACAGGCCUAGGGAAAAACAAGCUCGAGCAGAUGAGAAGAGGAGUAACUUUUUCCAUCCACAAGGGGACCAUCUGACUUUACUUGCUGUAUAUGAGGCCUGGAAAGCAAAAGGUUUCUCAGAUGCUUGGUGUCAUGAGAAUUUUGUUCAGGCUCGGUCUUUGAGGAGGGCAAAGGAUGUUAGAAAACAACUUCUUUCCAUUAUGGAUAGGUACAAUGUGGAUAUUGUGAGUGCCGGAGGGAACGUUAUGAGGAUAACAAAAGCAAUUGCUGCAGGAUUCUUUUUCCACACAGCUAAAAGAGAUCCGCAAGGGGGUUAUCGGACCUUGAUUAACAAUCAGACAUUCUAUAUCCAUCCAAGCAGUGCCCUUUACCGCAGACAACCAGACUGGCUCAUCUACCAUGAAGUAGUAAUGACUACCAAGGAGUACAUGCGUGAGGUAACUGUAAUAGACCCUAAAUGGCUUGUAGAACUAGCAUCAAGAUUCUUCAAGGCUGCAGAUCCAAAGAAUAUGAGUAAGCGCAAACGUCGAGAACGCAUCGAACCUCUUUAUGAUAGAUAUCAGGAACCUAAUUCAUGGCGCCUCAGUAAACGACGAUAUUAAUGCAGGCUUCAGCAUUUUGAGAGUAAACUGGCUUUUGAUAUGGUGUAAAAUUUUAAUUGUAUUUGUGGUUGUUUGUAGUUCUUAUUUCUAUAUGUUCUGAUAAAUUCCUUUGAACUUGACUAGGCAUAACCUUGCAACAGUUUGAGAUUGAUCACAAAGGUCUGUUUCCUCCAUGUGGUGCUCCUAUAUUAAGGCUUGAAUUAUAAGAAUGACAUAUCCACCCGUCUUCCCUCACUCUUUCUCCUACUCUCAAACUGCUGAAAUGAAAUGCGGCUUUGGCUCCAAGAAAAUAUUUCCAACGUGAGUAUACCUUCAUGAGAUAGUAUCAAUCUCAAGUAUUUUUUCUUUUAUUUUCAUUUUUUCUUUUUGCUUCUUUAUUUUAUAGUCAGUUUCCACCUUUUUAUUGGGAACAUGGGAAGGAGGGAAGAAGUUUUCUAUCUGAGGUCUUUGCCUCUCCUUUAUCCUACAUGAUGCCCUUGUGUGGGGAAGGGAUGUUCAUGAUGGUCUGUCUAUUGUCAUCAAUCAUGAGGAAAAAUAGAAGAAUUAGAUACAAAAAGGUUGUAUACAGUCAGAGAGCCUUUCUGAUAUUCGGGUACCCAAAUAAAUUCUCCUGUAGUGUAAACAUGUUAUUUAUGCCUACGCUAACCCAUGAACAUAAUUGUCCAUUAGAAUUUUUUCAGAUCAAUUAUGUUCUUCUAUGACUCUGUGCUAAAAGUGGGUAGUCUUUGAUUUUUUUUUUUCCAGGUAGUGAUUGAUCAUCAAUGCCUCUUGGUAGUUGGUCAAUUACUUUCAGUAGAUUUAGUUGCCUGAUUGAUAAUUAGGACCUGUAGAUGCUGAGAAGCCAUUGCAUGGCAUUUUAGGGUUGGCUAGAUCAAACCAUUGCUUGCUUGGCUGUGAGCUUGAUCUUGCAUUUGACAGAAAUGAGACCUAGAAUAUGAAGUGGAGCUCAGCGUAGUAAGUAAUGCGGUUUUGAAUUUUAGUUAAAUUUUUUAUCAGGUUCAGGCUGAAUAGCCUUUAGAUUUGUUUAUCAUAUAAUUGGUAAUUUGGUGGUUUGCUAUGAAAUUAAAAGAUGGUAGUUGAUUCAAUUUUUUAUUUUUCCUUCUUUUGUGUUCAUGCAUAGAUGAUGUUAGUAGUUAUAUAUAUGAUCAGUUGAUAUUCAUGCAUAGCCCAAUGAAUAGACAUUUCAUAUUACCAGCACACUGCAUGAUAUGUAUCCGUCCAAUUUGAUAGAGAUUGUUUCAUAGGAAGUGCAUUACUUGUUGAAUCUAAGACAAGUUACUAUUAAGCAAUGAACAGAAAAUGAAAGUAAUCUGUUUUUGGUGAGUACUAUGAAAAUUAUCUUGGGAUGUGAGAAAAAAAUACGUACAUCUACAAAUUGAUGUAAUGUAUAUUUGUGGACAAUACCUGUGUGUGGUGGAAAUCAGAUGGUUUCUGUAUGAUGCAAGCAAUUCUGAAACAGAAGAACUGCUUUUACUUUCUUGGCAUUCAGAAUUCUUUUUAUGCUUGCAAAGGUGUUUUACUUCUCCAUUCAUGGUUACAUACACGUGUUGAUACAUGACACAUGCAAAAUUAUCUUCAAUCUUAAAAGCUUUGUAGUUUAUGUGGUGCAAGUUAUUCGGACUUGAAGAAAGUCAAUCUAUGAUUGUUGUUCUGAUGUGUCAAUGUGAUAAUUAUAGCUAUGAUUACCAUGAUUAUGUUGACUAAUUCUUCCUGCUUAAGCCUAUUACCUCAAAAGGGGAUGAGUUUACGCUUUUGGAGGCAAGGUGCAGGUUUAAGUCCUGCAUAUGGUUUUAAAUGCACAGGUUUUAUGCAAACUCUGGCUUCUCAUGUGGUAAUGUUUAUAGGCAUUCAACAGAAUAGAGAAAAGUAUAGUGGUUUAUUUGAGAAUGAACCAUAUAGGCAUUCAACAGUAUAGUGGAUUCUUCUUCGGAAGACUGAAAGUAGAGGGCUGGAUAUAAAAAUUAAAAUGGAUGAUAUCCUUAGCAGGCUGGCUUGGCAAGUUCAAUUUAAGAAUGCGAGACGAUAGGUUGAAGGAUUUAGAGAAAAAGUUGUGCAGAAAUGGUUUUCUGGAAACAUUCUUCUGAAAACUCCAUGCCAAAAUUAAUUGACAAGAAGUGGGAUGUGGCUUUUGAAAGCCCUUGCUCUGGCUAGAAGCUCAAAGCGGAUUUCUGACAAACAACAUUAAAGAAAAAUGGAAAUUAACUUGGCCUCAAGUGACAGCUAUAGGACAUAUAAUUCUGCAAAGAAAAUAACUUUGCAUUCAUUUUGACCUUGUGGGAUUGUUUGCAGAAUGCAGUUUUAUGACAGGUUUCCUGGUUGCUAGAAGCUCAGGCAAAUAAUUCCAGCCAAUUCAAUCAAAUCGUAAUAAUUCCGGCCAGACCUCAGGCAAAUCUCCAUCUCCAUAUCUUUUUCUUAUUGAUCUAAAUGCUAUGAACUUUGAAGUUCAGACUCAAGAUCAUAGAAAAGAACUAUUGAUAUUGUCGUUGGUUGGUAUUAAUUAUUAUCAAACAUGAAGAGCAUUCCCAAUUGGCAACUGAACUACUACUUAUCACUGUCAAAGCAGCUUAAAAAUGGAGGCAUUGACAUUUUGAAUUGACAAAUACUUGAUCUGUCAUCUCUUAAAGAUUAUUUCAAAACCUAAUUGAUUGAUUUUUUUUCACCAAAGCUAAAUUAAUUUAAGAGUAUUCAAUGAAUA